UCAUCCACAGAGACACACUUAGAGGGCUUAUUGGAGGAUCUGGGCUUGGACCAGCAUUACAAUGAGAAGCUUUCCCUGAGCACAAUACUUCAGAUUGAUGAGAAGACCAUGACUGAUGAACCUACCAGAUGUAAUUCAGAUCUUCCAUGGUAUUUUCUGAAGAAACUGAUGAUGGUUAAUGUGACAGCUAGAAAUGUGAAAUGUGAAAUGUCAGAGAAUACAGAGUUUGAUCUUGACAAUCUGGUUGACAGUCCAAAUUCAUGUGACAUGAUGAAUCCCCUUGACAUAAUCGCUGCUCUCUUUCUGUGUUCUGAUGGUUUUGUACAGCAGGAGAUGGCACUCAAAAUGUCUAUGUGUCAGUUUUCUGUGCCUCUGCUGCUUCCCAAUUGUGACACAGAAAAGUGCACACUUAUGCUGUGGGCCAUGAGAGACAUUGUUAAAAAGUACAGACCUCAGUCACUGUCUGAAUCCAAGGGUUUCAUUGAAGACAGAAUUGUUCUCUCAGAUCAUCCAAUGAUAUCUUUUGUGAGACUGGGUGAAUGCUCCUUGUCCAAGUCAGAGAUUCUCAAUAAGCUUCUGAGCAAUUCUCAGCAGUACCAUGACACCUUUGUUCACCAUAAUAUGGAGUGUGGAGACAGUCCAAGGAGAAUAUCCAAUGGAUUGGUUGAAAUGACUUGGUACCUCCCUUGUGGGAACAAAAACAUGGAUAUUUUCAGUGAGCCAGUUGCUGUAGCUAACCUUCGUGGGGACAUUGCUUCAUUUGAAACACAAUACUCUUUUUUGUGUCAGACAUCUACAGCAGUUUUUGUGUUCUUUGACAAUUUGGACUCUGAGUGCAGGCUGCUGACCAACCAACACCAGAAGGCGCAGAUUUUCUUAGUGGGCCAUCAGAGUAAGAACUUCAGUUUAGAAUCUCUGAAAAAAAUAGCAACCAAAUUGGGCUUGACCAAAAAUGUCCUUUUGAAAACUAAACAAAUGAACGAUGCAGAAUUUGUCAAAAAAAUGCGGAAAACAGUCAAGGAUGUGGUUGAGACAUCAAAGAUGAAGAUGCCAAUAGAGCAGAUGGCUGACAUUGCACAUGAACUGGGAAUCUUGGUUGAUGAAGACUCUACAGAGUGCCAGACUGCCAAGAAAAAUGCAGAUGCCAUCACUACAGUAAUUCAAGACACCCUGGCGUACAAAGAGGCCCAGCUUCCCUUGCAAGGCCAAAUAUGGAAAGAAUUGACUUGCUUAGAGAAGGAAGAAUUUCGACUGAAAAACAUUGGGUCUGAAAACAUUGAAGAUUACAAAAGCAAUCUUCAGAUAAAGAAAAAAAAACUUCGGGAAAAACAGAACUCGUAUGACAUGUCAAACGCUAUGACAUGCUUCAUUGAUGCAAUAUCAAGCACAGGGAUAGAGAGGUGCUAUUUCCUGAAAUGGAUGCGGAUUAAUCUUGAUAACUUGUCUCGAGAAAAACUGUCUGGUCUCAGGGAGCAGUACAAAAAGAAAUGCGAAAAUUCUGAAAACAAAGAGGAGAUUAAAGACAUUGACAGAAAACUUUCCAACAGCUCAUUGGGGAUUGAACACUUCUUCCGUGAAAUGGGUCAAAUCUAUGAAGCUUCAGUUUCCCUUCCAGAAACACACCCAUCACGUCAACAAUUACAGCAUCUUCCAAAACUCUGUGCAGGAUUGUUGCUUGAUGGAUUUCCUCUUGAGCUUGUUGAUGGAGAUGCAUCCAAUAUACCUCUCAGAUGGGUGAGUGACGUUCUCUCUCAGCUCAAUGACUUGGUGUCUCCUAAGAGCAAGAUAUUGGUGGUCACAGUUCUUGGAGUUCAGAGCACUGGAAAGUCCACCCUCCUUAACACCAUGUUUGGAGUGCAGUUUGCCGUCAGCAGUGGUCGAUGCACUCGAGGUGCCUUUAUGUUGCUCAUCAGAGUCAAUGAAGAUGUGAAAAAAGUACUCAGCUGUGACUACAUGGUGAUCAUUGACACUGAAGGCUUAAAGUCACCAGAGCUUGCACAACUGGAUGAUAGCCAUGAGCAUGACAAUGAGCUUGCAACACUCGUUGUGGGGCUGAGUGAUAUCACCAUUAUCAAUAUUGCCAUGGAGAAUUCAACUGAAAUGAAGGACAUCCUACAAAUAGUCGUGCAUGCUUUUCUCAGAAUGAAAGAGGUUGGCAAAAAGCCCAAAUGUCAGUUUGUUCACCAGAAUGUGUCAGAUGUUUCAGCACAAGAGAAGAACUUACGAGACAGGAAAAUGCUCUUGCAGCAGUUAAAUGAGAUGACCCAGGCAGCAGCCAAAAUGGAAAAGAAAGAAGAGAACAAGCUCUUCACUGAUGUGAUGGAGUACAGUCCAGAUACUGGGAAUUGGUACAUUCCUGGACUCUGGAAUGGGAACCCACCAAUGGCACCAGUCAAUGCAGGGUACAGUGAAGCUGUGUAUGAGCUCAAGAAGAACAUAAUCCAAAUGUUGGGAAACUGCGAAUCAUCUAACAAUAUUUCUGAGUUCACAGCGUGGAUGUCAAGUCUGUGGAAUGCAGUGAAACAUGAAAACUUCAUCUUUAGCUUCAGAAACAGCCUGGUGGCUGAUGCCUACAUGAAGCUCUGCACAGAAUUCAACAAAUGGGAAUGGGAAUUCAAAAAAGAAAUGUACACCUGGGUCACAAAUGCUGAAACAAGAAUUUCCAAUUUCGGUAAAUUUGAUGUGAAAUCUGAGAAUCAUGAUAUGAGAGAACUUCUCAUGUGCUUGGAGAGUGAAGCUUCCACACUGCUGUUUAAAUGGGAGACAAAGCUUCUUGAAAAUCUGACACAGUACUUCAAGCAAACUGAGGGUCAUGUUUAUCUGGUAGAAAGAUACAAAGAGGACUUUGCAAACAGUUCAAAGAGCCUUCGCAAAGAAAUGAAGAGGUCUGUGUCUAAACAGCUUCAAGCAGCAGCUGACAUCAGACAGGGAAUGGUAAAGCUUGAUAAAGUCAAGGAUAAUCACACAAAACAGUUAGAGGGAAGAGUGUGUGCAUUAGUUGAGGAAUGCCGGAAGAAAAAAGUCAAGAUGACAGACACAGAGUUGGACAAAGAAUUUGAUAAGAUGUGGACUAAAACCUUGAAAGAACUAUUGUUUUCCAAACAGAAGGCUACAGAUGUCUUCACCACUGUGUCUCAUUAUUUGAGAACAAAUGUCUUACAUAAGGGUGGGCAUGCAAAUGAAAUAUUGAGUAAAAAAGACUUGAAAAAUUGUGGACUUGAGCCUUUCAAAUACACAGUAGAAGGAAUACUUAACCGAAUUAAAAGCUUGCUCUCCUUUCAACAUCACACAGCAGAUGUACAAAAAAUGGCUGACAGCAUCAUAGCUGCUUGCUCACAGUAUGUGAGUGAAAAAAUGGGAAGGAAAAGUAAUUACCAUGACACUUACAUUGAGGAGAUCCUUCACAUGAUUGAUGAGAGUCUGCAAAACAACCAAGAUCUGAAGACAGGCAUUGAGUUUGAAGUUUCCCUAAAACAGCACAUCUGUGGAUUUGCAGCCAGGAAGUUUCAGAAAAUGCAUGAAGAUUUCAUAGAAGAGAAUGAUCCUUACAGAUGUCUACAUCAAAACAAGAAAAAGUUUUGUGCAGAUUUCAAAGAUGUGUUCCAUGAACGAGACCAGUGCCAGAAGAAGGCAGAAGAAUUCACUAAACAAUGUUUGAAGCCUGCAGUCGAAGACUUUGUCAACCGCUUCUUGGGUCCUGACAUCACUGGUGAAAUGUUGACAUGUCAGCAGUUCAGCACACGAAUGUUCUUCCAGUACUCAAUUUUACUGGAUUUGCUCUCCAAGGAUGACUUUGAAAACUAUUGGAGCUACAGUAGCUCAUAUGAGGAUUAUGUGAAGAAAUGGACACUCAACCAAAUAAAAGAACACUUCUCCAACCCGUCUAGAGUGUUUGAGUUUGAGGAUCGACACAUUCAGUCAAGUAUCAGGAGCAUAAACAAUGCCAUCAACAAGGCCAAAACAGGAAAGAGUGGCAACUUGAAGACAUUUGUUGAAGAUAUCUGCAAAAAACUUGGGGAUAAACUGGUUAUUUCCCAGGAUGCUCUUAGUGCUUUCCUAAUCCUGAAUAAUGCAGACCAGGAACAGUUUGCUUACUGGCUCACAAAGUGUAUUGAAGACAUGGCUCAAGCUCUUAGAGAGAAGUUUGAAAAAUCCAACAUCGAAAUGAAACUAAAAAAUCUUGAUGUGAAACCUCAGAAUGAGCUUUUCACCAGACUGAUUGGAUGUGGUAAACAGUGUCCAUUCUGCAAAGCACCUUGUGAUGCAGGAGGAAAACAACAUACUGAACACUGGACUUCUCUACAUCGGUCACAGGGUCUUGGUACAUACAGGUGGGAUGAUACAAAUAAACUUCUUACUGAUGUGUGCUCUUCUCUUGUGACCACUAACAUAUCAUUUUGGCACUAUUGUCCAGACAAAAAACUGCAUCCUUACAAGCGUUACAGAGAAAUUUUCCCAGACUGGACAAUUGUUCCAGAUGUAAGCCAUGAGGCAUCAGACUACUGGAAAUAUGUAUUUGCAAGGUUCAACAACAAGUUUGCUAGUAGCUAUUCUGCAAAGCCUGCUGAUAUUCCUGCAACAUGGUACAGUAUCAAAUGUGACCAGGCAAAAGCAAGCCUGAAAGAGUCAUUUAACAUCAAGUGAGAGACUACACGCUCUGUGGCUACAGAGAUACACACUCUUCUCAUGACAUUCAUACAUUUACCCUCUUCUGAUGGAUACUUUUGUUUGUUUUGAAUAAUGUAGGAGAUAAUCACAAGUAGUAACAUACUGUAUAUAUGACUACAAGGUUGAAGAUACACAGAUGUUCUUAUUUUAACGGAGUGGAGAGGACGCUGGUGUUGUUUGUUGCUAUUGACUGCCUCCUGAACACUCACAACUCCCGACGACUUGGCUUCUCACUACAACAACGGCAUCAACACCAUCCUUAAUUUUCUCGCUCCUCUGAAAACCAGGUCUGUCUCCUUCUCCACCUCUGCUCCUUGGUUCACUUCUGAGCUACGGCAGAUGAAAGCUAAAGGUCGACAGCUUGAGCGACUGUACAGAAAAACGGGUCUUGCAAUUCAUAAAGAGAUGCACAAAAAUCACAUACUACAUUAUAAGGACUCCAUUUCUCAAACUCCACCAAACUCAACUACUACUCUGACAUAAUCAGUUCAAAUGAAGGUAACUCAAAGACACUGUUUUCUCUUCUCAACAAUAUUCUUAGACCUGGCCUCUAAACUGCUUUCUGUAACUCCCUGACGUCCUUCUUCAAUGAGAAAAUUCACCAGAUCCACCAUCAAUUAGCCCUAAGCUCCUCUUUCAGCACCUCCCCUGAACCCCGUUUGACAUCUCACUUAUUCUCCUCUUUUCAACUCCCCUCUGACUCAGAUAUCUCAGACUUCAUCCGAAAGUCCAAGCCCUCCACCUGUCAGUUAGAUCCUCUCCCCACAGUUCUGGUUAAAGCCUGCCUCCCCUCUGUUCCCCCUUAUCUAUGCCAUCAUCCACUCCUCUCUCUGCACUGGAAUUUACACUAUCUACUCAACAGAUUAAUCUCCAUCGGAAUAUCACACACACCGCUUGACUGGUUUAAAUCCUACCUUUCAGGCCGCACUCAGUUCAUCCAACUCCAAUCCUUCAGUUCCCAGCCGUCCCCCGUCACCGCUGGUGUGCCCCAGGGCUCUGUCCUGCGGCCCCUACUCUUCAUCAUCUACCUACUUCCCCUUGGCAAUAUAUUCCGCAAAUAUGAUAUCCAUUUCCACUGCUACACGGAUGACACCCAGCUCUACCUGUCCAGCAAACCCAAUUCCACUCUCCCACCUUGACUGCCUCAGUGAACUCCUGGUUCUCCGCCAACUUUCUCAAACUUAACAGUGAUAAAACUGAAGUCCUCCUCAUUGGCACAAAAUCAACCCUUGCCAAAGCCGACAGUUCUUCCAUCACAAUCGACCACUCCUCUGUCUUCCCCUCCCCUCAUGUUAAGAGUCUGGGUGUCGUCCUCAACAUUUCCAAUCACAUAUCAAUAAAAUCACCUGGUCUGCAUAUUUCCAUCUACGUAGUAUCAAUCGUCUCCGCCCCUCCCUCUCUCCCCACUCCACUGCUAUUCUUGUACACAGCCAUGUCACCUCCCGCAUCAACUACUGCAACUCCCUUCUGACCCUCUUUGGUCUACCUCACAAAUACCUCCAAAAACUCCAACUUGUACAGAACUCUGCAGCUCGGAUCGUCACUAGAACCCCCCUCCAUCCACCACAUCAUCACUGUUCUGCAGCAACUCCACUGGCUUCUGGUCAAGUUCCGAAUAGACUUCAAAAUCCUCCUGUUUACAUUCCAGGCCAUCCACAACUUUUCCCCUCCUUAUCUGUCUGACCUCCUCCACAUCGCCACCCCUUCCUGUUCCCUCAGAUCUGCCUCCUCCAUCCACCUCUCUGUCCCCCCCGCCCGCCUCCUCACCAUGGGGAGCAGUACUUUCAGUCGCUCUGCCCCCCGACUCUGGAACUCACUUCCUCCGGACAUCAGGAAUCUGGACUCUCUCCCGCUCUUCAAAUCGAGGCUAAAAACUAAUGUGUGCUUUAGAAUUGCACAUCUCACUUAACCUGAACCACAACCUCACUUUAGUCUGUUUUAUUUCUUAUUGUUUUGUUUCUUAUUUACUGUUUCUUUAUUAAUUGUACGGUGUCCUCGAGUGCCCAGGGAAGCGCCUUCAAAUAAAAUGUAUUAUUAUUAUUAUUAUUAUUAUUAUUAUUAUUAUUAAAUAUACCAGUACAAAAGACAAGAGAAAAUCACAUGCCUGUGCAUUCCUCUACCUGAGAUUGAAUUUAACAUGUUUAAUGAAAAUAAUGUGCUUUAACUGUAUGUUGAUAAUUACGCCUUUCUCUGAUUUUGCUUUUUAUGAUUUUGUCUAAUGAAUUUCAUUGUAUUUUUGUAUGAUGACAUACACAAUAAAUCAAAGCAACCAAGUGACAGAAAAAGGUGUCAAAUUAAGUAUGAUAUGCAAUGUUUUUUUGUUUUGUUUCUGUUAUG